AAUGUUUCUUUUCAAGAAAACAAACCCGGUCCAGCCCAUUCUUGCUUGUUUCCUUGUAACCCUAAACCCCAAAGCCAUUAAAACGCAGAGCAUUGUCAUUCGUAGCUUCAUUUUCGCGGCGCACAACAAAACCGUGCUUCUUCAGAUUCCGAUCGCACGCGCCGUCACCAUGGUGAACGUACCAAAGACGAAGAAGACGUACUGCAAGAGCAAGGAGUGCAGGAAGCACACUCUGCACAAGGUUACCCAAUAUAAGAAGGGUAAGGAUAGCAUUGCUGCACAGGGAAAACGUCGUUAUGAUCGCAAACAAUCUGGUUAUGGUGGACAAACUAAGCCUGUCUUCCACAAGAAGGCUAAGACCACCAAGAAGAUUGUCCUGAGGUUGCAAUGCCAGGGUUGCAAACAUGUCUCCCAACACCCUAUUAAGAGAUGCAAGCACUUUGAGAUUGGUGGUGACAAGAAGGGCAAGGGAACAUCUCUGUUUUAGGUUGAGAACUAGGAGUUGCAGCUUUUUAUAUUUCCGCAAUGUUGGAAUGUUUUGUUUCUAUGAGGAUUUUUCUGCUAGUUAUAUCUUAUUAUUUGCAAUACAUUAUGUGAUUUGAGAAAUGAAAACUAUUGCUAAUAUCAGUGAGUACUUGUUUCCCUUCCUUCAA